AAUUAAACACGGUACGCAUCUUUAAACGUUUGUGUGAAUUUUUUAAGUCUGCAAAAGUAUUGUUCAAACAAAUGCAUUUUAUUAAUAUGCACAAUUCGCUUACGUGGACUAGGAUAACUAAUAACUGAAAUGAAAUAUCUAAUUUUAAUAUCUUUUAUAGCUUUCCAAGGAACAGAAAAAAUGGUAGAUGCUGAAAAUUAUCUGGUUCAACCGGAGAAACCUUUCACUGCAACUCAAAGGAGAAGAAUUAGAAGAAAUAGAUUAAGAUUUGCCAAAACAGACUGUGUAGAUAUCCUUUGUACGAUAAAUAAAAUACAAAACAAAACAAAAAAUAAUCCUGAACAAGGACAUAUAGCAGUAAUUGAAAAUAAUAAACAAGAAUACAAAGUAGAGGAUGCCCUCCGCUCAGUAGUCAUAAAAGAUUUUGACGAAAGUAUAUUACAAAAGAUGUCUUCUAAUGAAAUCCCACCAAAGUCUAGAGAUGAAAUUAAAGCUGCUCGACAGGCAAAAAAAGCUGCCAAACUAAAAGUAAACAACAAGACCACUGAAAAUCCUCAACUGACAAAAGAAAUAGAGAAUCUUAAUGAAAACAAUAUAAAUUCUAAACCUAAAGUAGAAAGCACAGAUGAAGUAGACAAAUCUGUUGUAAUAAAUCCUAAUGCUGUAGAUAUAAGUACUAGUAGAGAACAGAUCAAAGCAGAUAGAGCUGCCAAGAAAUCUGCCAAACAGUUAAAGAAAAAAGGAGCUGCCGAUGGUGAAAGUAAUGUGCAAAGCUCUGUAAAAAAAGAACUUAAAGAAGAUGAUUCUGUGAAACAAAAUGAAGAUAUGACUGUAAAAGAUGUUGUUGAAACUUUAAAAAACAUAGUUAGUGUUGCCAAGGAGGUUAAUGAAAUUACGACAAAAGUAAGUGCCUUGGAUUUGGGAGGUAAAAAGCAAGAAGAGACAGGCAAGAGUAAAGCAGAACUUCGGGCUGAACGACGCGCCAAACAGGAGGCUCAGAGAGCUGCCAAACAAGCUGCCGAACAAAAAGUAGUCAAGCCUAAACUUGAAGCUCCUACAGUAAAUGUGGAUGUUCCGAAGAAAGAGGAAAAAGUUAUUAAAUCAAAAACCUUGGAGAAGUCGAAAACAAAGUUGCAGCUCGCACAGCGCUUCAACUGGUUUCAGCAUCUUUACACUGAGUUUGACAAGAAUCCUUUGAAGAAGAUACCCAUUAAUUCCAACCUACACCCCGCCAUCGUGAAACUUGGAGUCCAGUUGUCGUCGCGAGUGGUGAAGGGAUCGAACGCCAGAUGCAUCGCUCUGCUGGACGCCCUCAACAAAAUGGUGAGGGACUACGUUCUGCCAGCGAAGACUGAGUUCUCCCGCGGCCUGGAGUCGCACCUGGCCUCCAGCCUGGAGUUCCUGUGGACGACGCGCGAGCCCUGCGCCUCGCAGAUCAACGCCGUCAAGUUCUUCCGGCACCACCUCGCGCAGCUACCCAACAACGUCGACGAGUUCGAUGCCAAAAAAACCCUUCAAGAAGAGAUCGAUCGCUACAUCAGAGAACAGAUCGAAAUGGCGGGAGAAGCGAUCAGCAUCGCCGUCAGAAAUAAGAUCUCCAAUGGCGACACUAUACUUACUUAUGGAUGCUCGUCGCUGAUCGAGCAGAUACUGUGCGAGGCGUGGGAGGCGGGGCUGCAGUUCCGCACGCUGGUGGUGGGCUCGCGCGUGUCCCCGGACGCGGCGGAGAUGCUGCGGCGGCUGUGCGCGCGCGGCCUGCCCUGCACCUACGUAGACUUCACCGCCGUCAACUACGUCAUGAAGACCGUGAGCAAGGUGGUGCUGGGCGCGGGCGCGCUGCUGGCCAACGGCGCGGUGGUGAGCGCGGCGGGCACGGCGGGCGUGGCGCUGGCGGCGCGCGCACGCAACCGCCCCGUGCUCGUCGCCUGCCACACGCACAAGUUCAUCGACAGCCUCUACACCGACGCCUUCAUGCACAACCAGAUAGGAGACCCCGACGAUCUUCUGGAAAAAUCGGAUGAUAAUUCACCACUGAAAGAUUGGAGAUCGAAUUUGAACUUAACACCGCUGAACCUGACUUAUGACGUCACGCCUCCGUGCCUCAUCACCGCCGUCGUCACAGAACUUGCCAUAUUGCCUUGCACCAGUGCUCCCGUUGUACUCAGAUUUAAACUCUCCGAAUAUGGUGUAUAAAGUUCUAAAUCAAUCGUUUUUUAUUAAUAGUAUUUAUGUAUUUGCCAAUAUUUUUAUUAUUGUCAUUCAUUACUACUUAACUAUCGCAUGUGAAGCAGAUCUCCAUAAGUAGUAUCGUGUUAUCACCUAGAAAGUUUAAUUUUAUUUUAGCAAAAAAAACUAAACAAGUCAUACUUAUAAAAUGUCACUAUAUAUUAUUUAGCAAAAAAGAAAACUUGAUGCUCAAAAUAUGUAAUUGUGUAGUAAGCUGAUAUUCACCAUAAUGAAUUAAAAUUACUCACUUUGAAACAAAUUUAUAUCUACAUUUGCUUGAUGUAGUCUUCUUCCUAUUUAGGUAUAAAUAAGUGAAUUUUAAAUAUAUAUUUUAUUAGUUUAUAUGUAUGGUUUAUUUUCGCUUGAAACAUGAAGCUCGGAACUAUUUUAAAACCUAAGU